UUUGCUUGCUCUUUGGCUCCGGUCAUGUCGUAGUCUAAAUGAAGGUUUGGGAAGUUAGUCGAUGCCCGCAAAGUGUUUGACAAAAUGACUGUUAGGAAUGUGGUUUCUUGGACCGCCAUUAUUAACGGGUACUUGAACUUCGGUUUGGAUGAUGAAGCUUUGGGUUUGUUUAGUGAUGCUAUUAAUGAUGGGGUUCAACCGAAUGGUAAUAUGUUUGUGUGUGCCUUUAAUUUGUGUAGUAAGAGGGUGGAUUAUGAGCUUGGGAGGCAAGUCCAUGGUGGUGUCUUGAAGGGUGGUUGGAGCAACUUGAUUGUUGACAGCGCCGUUGUUAAAUUAUAUGCGCAAUGUGGAGAGCUGUCAAGUGCUUUCCGCGCAUUUGAUCAGAUGCCAAAGUGGGAUGUAGUUUGUUGGACAACUAUAAUAACUGCUUGUUCCCAACAAGGGCAUGGACAGGAGGCUUUUUCACUGUUCUCGCAGAUGUUAAGUGAGGGGUUUUCACCUAAUGAGUUUACGGUGUGUGGUGUUCUCAAGGCUUGUGGGGAAGAGAAGGAGUUAAGAUUUGGGAGGCAGUUACAUGGUGCUUUAGUUAAGAAGAUUUACAAGAAUGAUGUUUUUAUAGACACUUCUCUAGUUGAUAUGUAUGCAAAAUGCGGGGAGAUGAUAGACUCAAGAACAGUUUUUGAUGGAAUGAAGAACCGAAACACAGUUACAUGGACAUCUAUUAUAGCAGGGUAUGCUCGGAAGGGCUUCAGUGAGGAGGCCAUUUGCCUCUUUCAAGUAAUGAAGAGGCGAAAUAUAUUUGUCAACAACUUGACCAUUGUAAGCAUCCUCAGAGCAUGUGGCUUGAUGAGGGAUUCGCUGAUGGGGAGGGAAGUUCAUGCACAGAUAGUAAAGAACUCAACUGAAACCAAUUUACACCUAGGAAGUACUUUAGUGUGGUUCUACUGUAGGUGUGGGGAGUACUCUAAUGCUACAAAGGUCCUCCAACAAAUGCCUCUAAGAGAUGUUGUCUCAUGGACUGCCAUCAUUUCUGGCUGUGCUCAUCUUGGGUUUGAGUCUGAAGCUCUUGAAUUCUUGAAUGAAAUGAUGGAGGAUGGGGUGGAGCCCAACGCAUUUACUUACUCAUCCGCUUUGAAAGCAUGCGCCCAGCUGGAAACCGUUCUGCACGGAAAAUUGAUUCACUCCUCUGCAAAUAAAAGUCCUGCCAUGUCUAAUGUUUUUGUGGGUAGCGCUUUGAUUUCUAUGUAUGCAAAAUGUGGCUAUGUAACGGAGGCAUUUCAAGUUUUUGACAGCAUGCCAGAACGGAAUUUGGUUUCUUGGAAGGCUAUGAUAGUGGGUUAUGCAAAGAAUGGUCUCUGCCAGGAGGCUAUGAAGCUCAUGUAUCGGAUGCGAACAGAGGGUUUUGAGGUGGAUGAUUACAUCCUUGCCACUGUUCUUACUGCAUGUGGAGAACUCGGAUGGGAGAUGGACCCUUCAUUUGAGUGUAGCUUGCAGUCCAGUUGAUCCUUUUGCCUGAUCAAAACUUCAGAUGAAGGUGGAAUUGUGUUGAAGAUAUCGAUGGCUACCCAUAUGAGAUAUAUAUCCACUAUAUCCAGUGUAUCUAUCAAUUGAAAAGGGGAAAGAUGCUGAACUGAUGGGAGGAAGCCCUUGUCAAGAUUGACACACCACAACCUCUUCUUCGACAACGCCUACUCUUUCAUUAUAUAAAGGAAGAAAGGGAGGGUUCAGGUUUGUAAGCUUCUUAUACAAGUGAUAUGCCCUCGUAGCCUUUUCUUCGGAUGAAAGUUACCGAGUAAGGGCCCUGGGAGAUACUGAACCCUGCAAAUAUGAACAAUUAGCAUGGAGAAUUUAAGCAGAAGCAGUGUUCGCUGUAGGGUAGCUAUGUAAAUAUGCAUUCAGUUUAA